AUGGCAGGGAUCCAAUCUCAGCUGGACUCUGGAGCAGUUCCCGGUCUCAUCUCAAAUGUCUGCCCACAAGGCACAAAGCUCUGGCUCCUCGAAUGCGGGUGGCUGGAGUGUGACGAAGGUUUUGUCAUACGCGGCGGUAACACUUCUCUCGGUUCUACAGCUGGUAAAUCAUUCGAGAACAAGCGUCGUGCUCUUCCAGUAUACUGCUGCUUGAUUGCUCACCCACACGAAGGACUCAUCCUCUGGGAGACAGGUUGUGGAAAGGACUAUCCGGAUAUUUGGGGUCCGCAGGUGCACGAUGUCUUCUGUAGGGUCAAGUACGAGGAGAGACAUGAGCUUAGGAAUGCGAUUGCGGCCACUGGAAACAAAAUUGAAGAUGUCAAGAAGGUGAUCAUUGGCCAUCUGCAUCUUGAUCAUGCUGGAGGUCUCGAUGAGUUCUUUGGCCGCACAGAUGUUGAAAUCUGGGUGCAUGACAAGGAGUUGAGAGCCGCGUUUUGGAGCGUGGCCACCGGAGCAGACGCUGGUGUGUACUUGAAGCACUAUCUCGAUCUGGAUCUGAAUUGGAAGACAUUCGAUGACCGGACCAUUGACUUCUGUCAAGGAAUCACUCUACACCAUCUGCCUGGCCAUACUGAUGGUUUGAUUGGUAUGCAGAUCAACUUGCCCGAUAGCGGAACUUUCUUCUUCAUCUCGGAUCACUGCCAUGUUAUCGAAAACUGGCGCGACGGUAUUCCUCAAGGAUGGCUUGCUCGUGAUCACCCAGCCUGGUUCCAGAGCACACAGCGUUUGAAGCGUCUCGAGCGCACAACUCGAGGCAGAGUAAUUCCAGGACAUGAUGAGGAGACGUUCCUCGCAUUGCAGAAGGAGAAAGACGUGUUCACCUGA